CUCACCCAAACAGUCACCCACUCUAUCAAACAGAAAAGUGGCUCCGGGACCCGAAGACAGCUUGGUUGUUGACGGCGGUGCCUCCAUCGUCGCUAGCGGCAAGCUCUUUUCUUCUUCUACAAGUCAGAGAAAACAAAAUAUUAUUUCUUGCUUAAAUAUGUAUUUAUGAUUUGUCUUUUCCAGACUUUCGGGAAAGGGUCCGACGCAUGUUUUAGGCACACGCAGUCCAAAUUCAAUUUAAAAAGACCCUGCUUCUUAGAGCGGUCGGCAAUUUCAUCUCCUCUUCCUCUUCUUCUUCUUCUUCUCAUCUUUCAAAUAAUUUCUCUUCCUUGUGAGGUUGUUUGUUGACCUUCAAAGCGUUCGAUGGGGUUCACAACAUUCUCAGAGCGGGCGGCGAGAGUCAUUCGCCUCCCUGGAUUUUACAAGUUUGCCGUUCUCGUUGCCGUCAGUGGUGGGGCUGCAGUUGCAUAUGCUGAUGCGAGAUCCGAUCCUGGAUCUGAAUAUGCUGGAGCAGGAUCCAAGAAGAAAUUGGUUGUUCUUGGAACUGGCUGGGCUGGCACAAGUUUCUUAAAAAAUUUGGACACUUCCUUGUAUGAUGUUAGGGUUGUUUCGCCUCGGAACUACUUUGCAUUCACUCCUUUGCUGCCAAGUGUUACAUGUGGAACCGUCGAGCCUCGUAGCAUCGUCGAGCCUAUUCGCAAUAUCAUCAAAAAGAAAACCGGACCUGUCAAUUUUUUUGAGGCUGAAUGCUAUAAGAUUGAUCCUACAAACAAGAAAGUGCUGUGUAGAUCUAACGUUGGAACAAACUUGGAUGGCAACGGUGAAUUUGAGCUAGAUUAUGACUAUUUGGUGAUUGGCCUUGGAGCUAGGUCUAAUACAUUCAACACUCCUGGUGUCUCUGACCACUGUCAUUUUUUAAAGGAAGUUGAAGAUGCUCAAAAAAUCCGUAGAAGCGUGAUGAAUUGCUUUGAGAAAGCAAGCCUGCCAAACCUGGAUGAAGAAGAAAGGAAGAAGAAUCUUCAUUUUGUGGUAAUUGGAGGUGGUCCAACUGGUGUUGAAUUUGCUGCAGAGCUUCAUGAUUUUGUCAAAGAAGAUUUGUCCAAGUUAUACCCUAAUGCUCUCGAAUUGGUGAAGAUAUCAUUGAUUGAAGCAGGGGAACAUAUCUUGACCAUGUUUGACAAGAGGAUCACUCAAUUUGCUGAGGAAAAGUUUGGCAGGGACGGCAUCGAUGUAAAAACAAACUUUAAAGUUGUUAAAGUGUCAGGUGAGGCCAUUACAAUGACAAACUCUUCCAUCGGAGAGGUUAAUGUACCAUAUGGAAUGGCUGUUUGGUCUACUGGCAUUGGUACUCGCCCUAUAAUUUUGGACUUGAUGAAGCAAAUUGAUCAGGGUAAUAGACGUGUCUUAGCAACUGAUGAAUGGCUGAGAGUCCUUGGAUGUGAGAAUAUAUAUGCGCUUGGUGAUUGUGCCACAAUAGUCCAAAGAAAAGUUAUGGAAGAUAUCUCAGCAAUUUUUAAGGUGGCGGACAAAGAUAAUUCUGGCACUUUAACCGUUAAAGAAAUCAAAGAUGUUUUAGAAGACGUUAUUGAAAGGUAUCCUCAGGUAGCGCUGUAUUUGAAAACGAAACAAAUGAAGGAUAUGUCAGAUCUGCUGAAAGAGUCUGAAGGUGAUGUUGUAAAAGAAUCUGUCGAACUCGACAUAGAAGGUUUCAAAAAGGCUCUUUCUCAAGUGGACUCGCAGGUCAAAGCACUCCCUGCCACAGCCCAGGUUGCAGCACAGGAAGGAGAGUAUCUUGCUAGGUGCUUCAACAAAAUGAUGAUUAGUGAAGAGGAAUCAGAAGGCCCUAUUCGUAUUCGAGGAGAAGGUCGCCAUCGUUUCAAGCCCUUCAGGUAUAGGCAUCUGGGACAAUUUGCUCCGUUAGGCGGAGAGCAGACGGCUGCACAGCUUCCCGGCGAUUGGAUAUCCAUAGGCCACAGCAGUCAAUGGCUCUGGUACUCUGUGUAUGCAAGCAAGCAAGUAAGUUGGCGCACGAGGUUCCUGGUAGUGUCUGACUGGAUGAGAAGAUUCAUUUUUGGGAGGGAUUCCAGUUGCAUCUAGAAAGCUUCGCAAGCCCACAUUCCAUUGAAUUCUUCACCAUUUUUGCGGUGGCAACACUUUUCUUUAAAAUUCUAAUUCAUUUUUUAUGGCAGCAAGUUAUAUGAACUUUUUUGACCAAUCGGUUGUAAUAAAAAUGUGCCACUGAAACAUGGCACCUCUUGAAACAUUCAUAAAUAUCAAAAACAUUGUAUUUUUAUUUUUAUUUUUAUUUUAUUUAGGGGCAAUUACAUACAUA